GGCGGGGCCGGCGCGGCGCGGAGAGGGGCAGGGGCGGCGGGGCUGGGCCUGCGGCGGGGGCUCAGCGCUGCUUUUUUGUCAGCUAUGGCAAAGCCUCAAAGCAAGGAUUCGGGGCUGAAGGAGAAGUUCAAGAAUCUCUUGGGGCUGGGAACAUCCCGGGGAAGUUCAAAGUCAUCAGAGGGCAAGCAAACGGAAUUCAUCAUCACUGCAGAAAUACUCAAGGAACUGAGCAUAGAAUGUGGAUUAAGUAAUAGGAUACGAGCAAUCAGCCAAAUCUGUGAAGUGGCAAAAACAAAAAAAAUUGAAGAGCAUGCAGUGGAAGCAAUAUGGAAGGUGGUAGCUGAUAUGCUCCAGCCAGAGCGCCCAGCUGAAGCCAGACAUGCUGUUCUUCAUCUCCUAAAGUCAAUCAUUCAAGGACAGGGUGAGAGAUUAGGGAUCCUUAGAGCACAUUUUUUUAAGGUUAUUAAGGACUAUCCUUCCAAUGAAGACUUGCAUGAACGGCUUGAAGUUUUUAAGGCUCUAACAGAGAAUGGACGAUACAUCACUUACUUAGAAGAAGAGUUAGCUGACUUCGUGCUACAGUGGAUGGAUGUUGGUUUGUCUUCAGAGUUCCUUUUGGUGUUAGUGAACCUGGUGAAAUUCAAUAGCUGCUAUUUGGAAGACUACGUAGCUGACAUGGUCCACAAGAUAUGCAUCUUGUGUAUUCAGACUUCAUCAUCUGUGGACAUAGAGAUUUCUUUGCAAGUUUUAGAUGCUGUUGUUUGCUAUAACUGUCUGCCGUCAGAGAACCUGCCAGUAUUUAUCAUCACUUUGUGCCGUACCAUCAAUGUGAAGGAGCUCUGUGAGCCAUGCUGGAAGCUUAUGCGCAACCUUUUGGGAACUCAUUUGGGACACAGUGCAAUUUACAACAUGUGCAGGAUCAUGGAAGACAGAGCUUACAUGGCAGAUGCAGCCCUGCUGAGAGGAGCGGUGUUCUUUGUUGGGAUGGCUCUCUGGGGUGCUCAUCGCCUCAAUUCACUCAAGAAUUCCCCAACUUCAGUGCUGCCUUCGUUCCUCAAGGCCAUGACGUGUCCCAAUGCAGUUGUAUCUUAUGAGAUAGUUCUGUCCAUCACCCGUCUAAUAAAGAAGUAUGGGAAAGAACUGCAAGCUGUAACCUGGGAUAUCCUCUUGGACAUCAUGGAGCGAUUACUGCAACAGUUGCAGAGUUUAGAGAGCCAAGAACUUAAGUCCAUUGUACAUGAUCUUUUGACUACAGUAGAAGAACUCUGUGACCAGAAUGAAUUUCAUGGUUCUGAGGAGAGAUUUUUUGAGCUGGUGGAAAGAUGCGCUGAUCAGAGACCGGAAUCUUCCGUAUUAAACUUGAUAGCAUACAGAGCUCAAUCCAUUCAUCCUGCCAAAGAUGGCUGGAUUCACAACCUGCAGAUGUUAAUGGAGAGAUUCUUCAGGAACGAAAGUCGUAGUGCUGUUCGUAUUAAAGUUCUGGAUGUCUUGUCCUUUGUACUGAGUAUUAACAGACAGUUCUAUGAGGAAGAGCUGAUAAACUUGGUUGUGAUCUCUCAGCUGGCUCACAUUCCAGAGGAUAAAGACCAUCAAGUUCGAAAACUUGCCACUCAGCUACUUGUAGACCUUGCUGAAGGCUGCAACACACAUCACUUCAACAGCUUGCUUGAUAUCAUAGAAAAGGUGGCUGCGCAUUCUCUCUCAUCUCCAUCUGAACUGGAAGAGAGGGAUUUGCUAUCAUAUUCAGCUUCUUUGGAGGACGUGAAGACAGCAGUUCUUGGACUUCUGAUAAUUCUUCAGACAAAACUCUACAGCUUACCUUCCAGCCAUGCCAUGCGGGUGUACGAGAUGCUGAUUCACCACAUCCAGCGCCACUAUAUGUAUGCGUACAGCCUUGCUGUUGCUAGCAGCAUCAGACUGCAGGUGUUUGAUUUCCUCCUGAUGCUUCGAGCUGACUCCCUCCACCGUCUUGGCCUUUCUAACAAGGAUGGAGCAGUGAGAUUCAGCCCUUACUGUCUGUGUGAUUUUGUAGAAGCAGAGAAGAGAGCUUCUGAGAAAAAGCCUACUGGUACGCUCUCUCCACCUUCAGGAAGUCCCAGUGUGCCUUCCCAGAACAGCACCAUUCGAAUAGGGCAUUUGCCAUACUCAAUGGUCUUUGGUGUCCUUCUGCAGUGUUUGAAGCAAGAGACAGACUGGAAGGUGUUGAAGUUGGUCCUCAACAAACUACCAGAAUCACUCCGCUAUAAAGUGCUGUUUUUAACCUCUCCUUGUAACAUAGACCUCCUGGCAUCUGCACUGAGCUACAUGCUCACAGACAAGAAGACAACCGACAGGCUCCAUGGUACCCCAGAAGGCUUUUCCCGCACCGAUUUGCACCUGGCUGUAGUUCCAGUACUGACAGCGUUGAUAUCUUAUCAUAAUUAUCUGGACAAAGCUAAACAGCGUGAAAUAGUGUACUGCCUGGAGCACGGCCUUAUUUAUCGCUGUGCAAACCAGUGCGUUGUGGCACUCUCUGUCUGCAGCGUUGAGAUGCCCGACAUCAUCAUAAAGGCACUUCCAGUCUUAAUAGUCAAAUUAACCCACAUAUCUGCUACAGCCAACAUGGCAAUCCCUCUCUUAGAAUUUCUUUCAACUCUAGCAAGGCUGCCUCACCUCUACAGGAACUUUGCUGCAGAGCAGUAUGCCAGUGUGUUUGCCAUCUCCCUGCCAUACACAAACCCUUCCAAGUUUAACCAGUACAUUGUUUGCCUGGCCCACCACGUGAUAGCUAUGUGGUUCAUUCGGUGUCGUCUUCCCUUCCGAAAGGACUUUGUUCCCUAUAUUACAAAGGGUUUGCGCUCCAAUGUGCUGCUCUCCUUUGAUGACACACCUGAGAAGGACAGUUUCAGGGCUCGUAGUACAAGCCUCAAUGAGAGGCCAAAAAGUAGUUUAAGACUAGCCAAAAAUGCAAAGCAAGGCUUGAAUAACUCUCCUCCAGUGAAAGAGCUGAAAGAACCCUCUGCAGUUGAUGCCUUCCGAUCCCGCAGCAUCAGUGUGUCUGAACAUGUGGUCCGCAGUCGGAUACAGACAUCCAUCACUAGUUCCAGCUUGGGCUCUGCAGAUGAAAAUUCAAUGGCUCAGGCUGAUGACAACUUAAAAAAUCUCCAUCUGGAACUCACUGAGACUUGUCUGGAUAUGAUGGCCCGAUACGUCUUUUCCAACUUCACUGCAGUGCCUAAGAGGUCUCCUGUGGGUGAGUUUCUGUUGGCUGGAGGAAGGACAAAGACAUGGCUGGUUGGCAACAAGUUGGUGACCAUCACUACAAGUGUCGGAACAGGGACAAGGUCCUUGCUUGGCCUGGACUCUGGAGAUCUCCAAAGCAGCACAGAAUCAGGCUCAGACCCGGUUUUGCAAGUGAGACAAACUAAAGAAGCUCCAGCAAAGCUCGAAUCUCAAGCUGGGCAGCAGGUUUGCAGAAGCUCUCGCAACAGAGUCAGAUCCAUGUCUGGUGGUCAUGCCUUACGUGUUGGUGCCUUAGACAGCACAGCCUCCCACUUCCCUGGUGGCUCGGCUUCACAAGGGACACAGAGUCCUCCUGCUCCUGCACCUCGGUCAGAGAAGACUAAUCCUGCUCCACAGACACCUCUGCAGAAAGAAAAAGCGAACUUAGCUGCAUAUGUCCCACUGCUGACACAGGGCUGGGCAGAAAUCCUUGUGCGCAGACCCACAGGUAACACAAGCUGGCUAAUGAGUCUGGAGAACCCGCUCAGUCCCUUUUCUUCAGACAUUAACAAUAUGCCCCUGCAAGAGCUGUCCAACGCACUCAUGGCUGCAGAGCGUUUUAAAGAGCACCGAGAAACAGCUCUCUACAAAUCCCUGUCUGUCCCUUCCUCCAGCUUGGCCACUGGGACAGCCAAGCCUUCACUUCUCCAGCGUUCCAACACAGUGGCCUCUUUCUCUUCCAUGUACCAGUCCAGUUGUCAAGGGAAGUUGCACAGGAGCAUAUCCUGGGCAGAGUCUGCGGUCGUGCUGGAGGAAGGGAGCCCCUUGGAAAUGGAGCUGAAGGAAACUGAGUCCCCAGCUGAGUCUCCAGAGAGUGAAGAUUUUGAGACGUCGUGUUCUGAGCAAGUCCUGAGCGAGGAAAGGUUUGGUAAAGCCCAGGAAUUUUACAGCAGGUCGUCCUCGACCUCUAGCCAAGAUGAAAAAUCUCUGAAGUCGGACGAGCUGGUGGAGGGUGGUAUUCCCAUCGGGAGAGUGCUGCCAGCAGAGGAUGGCCGGGCACUGGAGGAGCUCUCCUUCCAGCCCUCCCAGCCGCUCAGCAAAUCGAGCUCUUCCCCCGAGCUGCAGACUUUGCAGGAGAUCCUCAAGGAUGCAAAUGGCAGAGAAGUAACAAGGAGACUGAGCACGGAAGUGAAGUCCAAAUCUCAGUCUGGGAACCUGGAAGGGGAAGGACUGGGCAGUUGGCUGAACAAGGGUGAGGAUGCCAGAGCAGCAGGCUCGGGGGGGUUGGAUGGCAGUGGCCCCACCACCUCGCCACGCUCUCCAUCUGGGCACCGGCCCCGGGGGUACACCAUCUCUGACUCUGCCCCAUCACGGAGAGGGAAGAGGAUGGAGAGAGAUGCCUUCAAGAGCAGAACAGCAGCCACCAAUGCUGAGAAAGUACCUGGAAUAAACCCAAGCUUUGUGUUUUUACAAUUGUACCAUUCCCCGUUCUUUGGUGAUGAAAACAACAAGCCCCUCCUGUUGCCAAAUGAGACGUUCGAAAAAUCGGUGCAGCUCCUGGAUCAAAUUCCUUCGUAUGACACCCACAAGAUCGCAGUGCUGUACGUUGGAGAGGGCCAGAGCAACAAUGAAAUCGCUAUUCUGUCCAAUGAACACGGCUCCUAUCGCUACACCGAGUUCCUGACAGGCUUAGGGAAGCUCAUUGAGCUCAAAGACUGCCAGCCAGAUAAAAUCUACCUCGGUGGCCUGGACGUGUGUGGGGAGGAUGGACAGUUUACCUACUGCUGGCACGAUGACAUCAUGCAAGCUAUUUUCCACAUUGCUACACUGAUGCCCACAAAGGAUUUGGAUAAAUAUCGCUGUGACAAGAAGAGGCACCUUGGGAAUGAUUUUGUUUCUAUUGUUUACAAUGAUUCUGGUGAGGACUUCAAACUGGGAACAAUAAAGGGUCAGUUCAAUUUUGUGCAUGUUAUCAUAACCCCACUUGACUAUGACUGCAACCUGGUCACACUGCAGUGUCGAAAAGACAUGGAGGGCCUUGUAGACACGAGUGUUGCUAAGAUCAUCUCUGACAAGAACCUGCCAUUCGUGGCCCGUCAGAUGGCCCUGCAUGCUAACAUGGCUUCCCAGGUGCACCACAGUCGAUCCAACCCUACUGACACCUACCCAUCCAAAUGGAUCGCUCGGCUGCGGCACAUCAAACGGCUGAGGCACCGGCUACGUGAAGAAACCCAGUACCAAACUCCUGGCCUUCCCCUGCAGAUGCACCCGUCUGCUCCAACAAAGCCCUCUCCCCAGAUGGCUCAGGACCCACCGCCAGCCUACGAGACCGGUCAGAGGAAGCGGCUGAUCUCCUCGGUGGAUGACUUCACUGAGUUUGUGUAGGUCCCCAUGGGUUGGUGUGUCUGUUCUGGGAUGGACAAGGAAGUGAAUGUGUUAUACCUGCGUGCUGACUCCAUGCAGCUGCACGGACAUAGAGGAGAAGGGUUUGGCAAACGCAGUGUGACUGUGCUGCUCUCAUGUGGACUCAGCACUGAACCUUACUUACCAGGAGGAUUGAACGUGUUUUGCUGUCUCAGCCUGCCACUGCUGUCUGAUGAAAACACUGUGUGUCCCCAGCAGAUGCUCCAAGAGGGAACCAACUCCACAUGCUUUGUUUUUAUUUGGUUUGAGCUACUCUAAAGCUUCCAUCUCUGGUGGGAACUUUCCUGGCAGAACCUUCUGGGCUCCCUCAACACCAGUGUCUGGUGGGGGCAGAUGAAGUCUGAUACUCUGCACUUCAUCGCAUAGGUGGAAGUUGCAAGAGUUGGAGAAAUUUUGACACCUUUACUGGGAGUUAAAUAUGAAGUACUGAAGCUCCAGCCAUUGUUUCUAAGCAACCCAGAAUCUCUGCUCCUCUCCAGGCCCCAGUGCCUCGUGGCACUUGAACUCUACAGACUGUGAGGCUUCCUCUGCUGCCAGUUCUGGUAAGGGUUAGUCCAGGUUCUCAAGUGCUUAAAUUCCCAAGGACAAUGUCUCCUUGAGUCAGUGAGCCCUUUUUGCUGCCAGAAGUAAUGCAAAGCAGGGAGGUGGGAGCCACUCAGUGGAGCAGCAGAACGGCAAAGCGCUGGGACGUGGACCACUGGUGAUGAACUGCUCUGACCCACUGGGGCUGACUGCGAGGACUUAAGUCAGAGGUCAGGUGUGGUUUCUAGGUUCAUCUGCAGUAUUUCCAUCAAUUGCAGCAGUGCUGAGGGUGACUCUUGUCCCUCCCUGUGCACCUAGGAAAACCCUUUUUGAAGGGCUGUUGGCUUGUCCUGGUGGCAUCAUCUCUGAAGGAGUUUUGCCCAUUGCACUAACACAUGAGGACAGUAUCUCCUCCUGGGACCUCAGCUGUUGUAAUUAACCAGUGGUCCUCUCAGUGCAAGUGUGUACAGGUGGAUUGGGGUUAUCAUCUUGUGCUGAGAUGCUCGUCAGACACUACACUACCAAACUGGAAGACGCCAUGUAAGCUGGACUAUACUGUGAGUACUUUAUCUUCUGCUUCAUGAAUAAAUGGGAAGCGUGGCUUUUUGAUAACAGUAAUGACAGAGCCCUUGCAGUGGAGCUAAAUGCAGUGCAAUCAGCACGCAGAACUGCAGAGUGACUGCCGAGGGAGCAAAAGCAGCGCUACUAACUGAUGCAGGGCUGUUUGGGAACUCUAAGUGUAUGUUGUGUUUUGAGUGUUUAUAUGUAAGUCCUAAAGGAAAUAAAGUAUUUGUAUGGUCGGUGGGUUUUUGCUGGCCUGGGAAAUCUCAGAUAAUAAUGUUGCAGGCACUUUGCCUUUGUGUUGGCUGCAGACUCUUCAGUAACGAGCUGUUGUAGUUAAUUACAGACCAAAGCUUCCCUAAUAGGCUGGUUGAUCAGAGUGUCUUGUAUUGUGCAGGAGAUGUCAAUGAAAUUCUGGUCACAGCCAAAAGGAACAAGGCUGGGUUGGUAGGGAUGGGCUCUGGUGAGCACCGUGUGCCCCUGGGCCUUUCCUGAGCUCUCCCUGCUUGUGGUGCGUGGGUCACUGUGCAGCUGUGGGGCUGAGAGAGCAACAAAAGCAACGGAGUCAGUCUGUAGCAGUCAGCUUUUAUUUGACCUUGUCAUUUUUUAAGAAACAUCCCCACAGUUACAAAAUACGGUAUUUUCUUUGCAGUAAAUGCUGACCAGAUGGUAACAAUUGGCAUAUUGGUCACAAUCAUCUGUUUUUAAAAACAAAAAAGCAUUUAUAUAGAGGUCCCUCCCCCUCCCUUUUAAACUAGUGGAUAGUUUUGUUUUUGUGUUUUUUUUUGUUUUUAAUUGAAGCAGCUUGAUACUGUUGCAUCUUUACGAGACUUAAGACAAUAAAUAAGAAACCAUCUCUUGGUGACUACAAACACAGAAAUAUACAUUCAGGAGUACUUACUGGUUAGGGCUGUACGUCAAGUUCAUUGCUGCUGCCAGUAUAAGGCCGUGCUAACUGCCUGCAGCAAAGUGCGUGUCUACGUGGUACCUCAGCUGUGACAGUGAAGGAACUCUGUGAGUGUCGCUAUAGUUUGUACCAAUAAAUGCUGCACUGAGAACUGUGA